GACACACUUGAAUCUCAACAUGGUAUCCUCCUUUUCGCCUUCGUCUUCUUCUAUUAGGAGGAAGUCUAAAAAAACAAGAAUUUGUCUCGAUUCUUUACCAGAAGAUCUUCUUGUGGAGAUUUCUUCAUGCACCGGAGCUUCUUCCUUGUCAGCGGUUCGUAAUCUCAGAGUAGUUUCGAAAUCGUUUCGACGUAUCUGUGAUGAACGAUACGUUUUCUACCGACUUUCCCUCAAAGAAAUCGAUUAUCCCCCUUGGCAUCAGAACAGUGAAUAUUUCUUCGAGAGAUGUCGCAAUAGUGGAAACCCCGAAGCGUUGUAUCGCAAAGGAUUCAUGAACUACUUUCGAGAUAAUCUUAAACACGAAGGACUCAAAUAUUUAGCUGAAGCUGCGGAAAAAGGAAACAGAGAAGCAAAUUAUGUCUACGGGUUGAUUCUAAUCUGUCUUGGAGACAAAACAAAACAAAAGGGUUUGAAGAUCUUGUCUUCUGUUAUAAAGCCGUUGAUGUCAACUACAAUGGAGGAGCUGGUGGAACUUCGAUACAAGAUUAAAAAGAUUAGAGACAGCGUUUUGUGGCCUAACAACCCGGUGAUGGAACGACUCAAAACAGUGUACGUUCGAGAGAAGUGCGAGUGCGAUUGUAAAACCAGGAUGUUACUAGUAAGGAAUCAUGGUUGGCAUCGAUACGGUGAUGACACCGACAUGAAUAUUUCUUCUGCUUGUGAGUUUUGUCUGUUGCAUCACGAAGUUGAGCUUUUCUUAAGAUGAUUUAGUAGUAAUAUCAAUGGAUGUAUUAAAUUAAAUUUAACUAAAUUGUAAUUUUGCGUUUUUACUUUUAUAUACGUCUUGGAUACAUUCAUGAUUCAUACGACGAAGAGUAAUGGUAUCCAAUAGACCAAUACUCCAGU